UGAUUCUCUGAAAAUCAUUGAAACAAUUGUUCAUAUAAAAAACGAAAAAAAAUUCAUUUGCGAAUACGACCACGAAAUUAAUGAGACAUAUCGUCGAAUUUUCACUGGCGAAAUAAAAUAUUUUGGAUGGAAUAAUCGUGAUCGACGCGGAGUUGAGAACGCGAACGACCAACAUUCACGCAACGCCAUGUCGCGGCCAUUUUGAUGUGAACGUCGUCAAUUUCUCAAGAGAGGAAUCCCUCUAGUACGUGGAAGAACCGUCGACAAGUGUGUACUUAAAAGUAACGAUAAAUCUAAUAUAUAAACGCUGCGAUUCAAUGUGUCUUUUCAAUAUCUCUAACAAAAUAGCACGCAAAACAAAAUAGCAAGUAUACAUUUGAAACUGUUGAAAAGUGUCCAAAAUCUCCAAAAACUAUGAUUAGCCGGAUGUAACGUUUGUGCUUGUAGCUCGAAAAACUUACGAGAGCCCUACAUUUCGUGUUCAUGUUUCAAAGAGAGUAGUAUAUUUCGGUCAUGAAUAUCAUGUAGUCGUAUAGAAGGUCCAAAGCCAGUUGGAAAUUAAACACAAAAAUGCUCGAGAACGUCGCGUAAAUCGCCAAUUGUGGGUACACGCCAUCUGGCCACAAAGACGCACAAAUAUAGCACGAUGAUUUUGGAGGAGCGAACUAUCGCUAAGUUUUAAAAUAAAAAAAUCCGAUCAUAGAACUUUAUUUUUCCGUUUGCGCCAAAUUACAAAUUUAAAAUCACGUUUCCUCUUCACCAGAAUGAAAAAAAUGGAUAAACAUAACCUCGUUUUUCCAUUUUUGCAAAAAUGAGUGAAUCUAUUAAAAACGCGUCGAAUCUUAGCGUUAGUGAAAAUAACGAUUCAAAACAUUUUCGUGAGAAUGUGAAAGAUGACGAAUCCAACAAUGAUGAUCUCAUACGAGAUCUCACUUCUGAAAGUAUCGUAACCCUUGAUGCUGUUGUUUCUGGCAAUGGAAACGUUCAAAAUACUGCUCUAUCAGAGGUUCCAGCCGCUGGAAAUGUUGUCAGCGGUGGUGGGAUGUUCAUUCGGAACAGUGGCAGCAUCAAAAUCAUUCAAGAUGCUGUUCCUGGGCAAAUCAAAACAUGUCCCAGUCCAGCAUCAAAGUCUGACAGGGAACACGAUUACAGCGAAGUCCGGCGGAUAAUAACGCCUGAAAAAUCACUCAAAAUCUUUGAUAAAAAGGCUUGUACAAUAGUGAAAAGCAACAGUGCUUCACCUCUGAGAGCACCACAGCGUAGAAUACAAACUCCGAUACAAGAAAGGAUGGUAUCGCAAGUGAAAAAUAUCAACGAUUUAAAAAAAGUUACGCCACGCGUGAAGCUCAUAUCGUCAGAGCCCACAACUCUGGCACAAUUGACAAAUCCGUUGAGCACCAGUGUUUUGGAAAUGAAGGCUGUGGUUACCCAAGAAAAAGUGAAGAAUCAACUGAGAAAUUAUUGUCGAACUUGUGCGGGUCAGAAAUUGCCUCUCGUUGAUAUAUUCAGUGAAAAAGGAAUACAAAUGCGGUUGCAACAGCAAAUGAAACACUUGAAAGAGAUUAAGACGCAUGACAACCUGUCAACGCAAAUGUGCAUGGACUGUAUCUGUGAUUUGAAAAUGAGCUACAAAUUUUUUAUGCAGAUCAAAAAGGCGCAGGUCAAAUUGCAGUCCUUAAGUUCUUUACUGCACGGUAAUUGUGCAACUCCCACUCGCACGAGCAGCGAGGAAGAAAAGUCUCGUCCCAUAACAACGAUUCCAUUGACUAAUAAUCCCGAAAGAACGAGUUAUGUCGCUAGAAAACCAGAAAACAAGAGAUCAGAAUCAUCGAAUAAAUCUUUGAGUCCUACAAAAGUUGCCGGAGAGCCUGAAUCUACAACGGAAAGAAAUGAUCCGAUUGCGUCUACAACGACAAACGAGUGCGAAGUUGCGACCGAGUCAAUCGCGAAUCUAAGCGAUGACAACGAAUCGAUCGAAGAAUUCGAUCCGGACGAUCCGUCUUUUCGGUCGGACAACUGUGACGAAGAAAUUGACAGUUUGAUGGACAACUCGGAAAAUUCUCAAGCGCGGCAAACUGAAAAAACGCAAGAUAAGCAAUCCGAAAACCCGAUCGUACCUGCCAAAACAGAAUCGAAAAUCGAUCGUAAGGCAGAUCCUAACAAAGAUGCUAACAAAACGGUUUACCAAUACGACGCGAAAUUGAAAGCUUAUGUCAAAGUCGAACCUCCGGACGAUGACGGGUAUAAAGAUGAUCAGACUGAAACCGUGCCUGCCAAGGAUAAACAAAAAAUCGACAACAAACCCGAAGCAGCGAGCAAGGACUUGGGAAAACAGCCGAAUAUUCUCAAACGUAAGAUCUCCAUACACAAAGAUUUUUUAGGGAAUCCCGUGGCGUGCGUCAAGCAGUCGGAUUCGACGCUCGUCAGAUCGGGACCGAAAGAAAUGAAAAAAUCAAAAUUAGAUAUAAAGAAACCAAACUUGGACUUGAAAAAUCCGAUGUUGGAUUUAAAAAAGCCGUUGAUGGAUAUAAAAAAGCCAAAGUUGGAUGUGAAAAACGCUUUGAACGUCCCGAGCGAGAACGAGGACGGCAUAAUGUACGUCAAAGUGAAAGGAACUAAACCUAACGAGGUGCUGCUCGUGAAAGUCAAAAAAAUGGAUAAAGGGUUGGACAAUAAGAAGCAGGAUGAGAAAAAGAAACCGGCCGAGCCCUCGUUGCCGGUUGAAAAGCUUUUAAAAAAGCUCGAGCCAUCGAUUAAGAAAGAAACGGAAUUUGAAAUGGAGCGCUCGAAAGAGCUCGACAUGAGGGAACGAAAAAUUGCCGAACAGAUCGAAGAGUACAAAAAAAGGCGAGAAAAAAUCUUGGGCGGUAGUUCGGGAACGCCGAACGCUUUGAAGUUCGAAGAUGGAACGAUUCGUUUCGUGAAUCCUGUAGAAAAGUCACCAACGCCGGUGGAUAAUGCUCCGCGAAUGAAAAUCGAGCCGGUCGACGACAUCGACGACAUUCGGCACUUCAUUGGCUCGCCGAAAUCGCAACGAAUCAAGGAAGACACGAAUAAAGCGAAAGACGAUGACUCCGAAGCUUACGACAACGCUGGUGAAUAUUUGACGAGGUUGGCUAAAUUGAAAAAAAAAUGGGAAGAAGCGAAAAAAAAGAAGGAGAAUUUAAAGCGCGAAAUCAGCGAGUCUUACACCGAGGGGAACAUGGAAAAAUUGUCCCGCGUGCUCGGCGAGAGGGAAAAAAAUUUGGCCGACUUUCAGAGUUAUUUGAAACAACGUAAAAUCAUAAUAAAUCGUUUGACCGACGAAGACGUUAUUUCGUUGUACGAGGAUCGCAACAAUGCGACGUCGAAAAAAAACUUUCCGGAUCUCAUCGACGCCACCGAGCCGUUGGACUACAUCGCCGAGGAAGAUUAUCUCGAGUGCGAUUAUUGUCCCGAAACUUUUUCGCUUCGUGACGUACUCGAGGAACAUUUAAAAUCCCACGAUUACAAGCUCAUGUAUUGGUGCGAAGAUUGCCAUUUGGAAUUUCCAACGGUAAAAACAAAACGCGCUCACAACGCCGAAUGCAUCAAUAAGCUCACUUGCCGUUAUUGCCAAAUCGUCCUCGAUUCCAAGGGCAAAAAGAGGCAACACGAGCAAAAGCACGUCGACAAUAUGUACGGCCAAAUGUGUGACGUUUGCGGCGAGAAAUUCAAGCACCAAGCGACCCUCGAUCAGCACUUCAAAACCCAACAUAUGACGUGGGAAAAAAUAUACCAGUGCACAAAGUGCCCCAAGAAAUUCGCGUUUAAACAAAAAUUGACUUUUCACAUGAAAUCGGUUCACACCACCCUGCGAGCUUGGUUGUGCGAAGACUGCGGUGCAGAUUUCAAAAAUCCAGCCAGUUUGCGACAUCAUCGAAUCAGAAAACAUCAUCCAACUGGGAACAAACGGGAAUGUCAGGUUUGCCACAAAUUGGUACCCUUUUAUAGUCUCUCGAAGCACAUGUACACACACAAAGCGUACACGAUACAGUGUCCGCACUGUGACAAGAUGUUUAAAAACAGUUCGACUCUCAAGCAACAUGUGAGAAUCCACGAAGAUCAACGACAAUAUCGUUGCGAUACUUGUGGCGUGGGCUUCAAUCGUCGUGAUGGUUUGAGACUCCACAUGCGAGUGCAUCAGAAGUCUGACAGUCGUUCCCUCAAGGAAUGCUCCUGUCAGAUAUGCUCUGAAAAGUUUCCCAACCACUCGAUGCUCGUUAUUCAUAGGAAUCGUGUACACAAGGACGGUCGACAGUACACUUGUCACAUUUGCAAUCGUUCGAUGCUCUCUACGAGAUCGCUCGAGUGGCACAUGUCUCAUAUUCACAACGAAACUAUCCCUGGUGGCAUAAAAUCAGAGGCUGAAACGCAGCCGGAAAAGAAACGAGUUUCUUGCGUCCAUUGCGAUAAAACAUUCAAAACCGAAAUGAUAUUAAGGACUCACAUUAAGAACACACACAUCGAAAAGAAUCCUACUAAAUGUUUGGACUGCGAUGAAAUGUUCACGUCCGACGUGCGACUCAGGCAUCACAUGAUGAUCGCCCACAACAGACUCGAGGGAACGCUCACUUGUCCCCACUGUCCCAAACGUUUUGUCAAUCAGUUGCGCCUUAAAACUCACAUGAUAUCGCACUCCGAGGAUCGCCCCUAUACCUGUGAGAUAUGCGGUUUUAAUCUCAAAACUAAAAUACAGUUGAUAAAACAUCAUCAAAAUCGACACAGCGACGAAAGACCUCUUCAAUGUCGCUACUGCCCUUGGCGAUGCAAACAAGUCAGCGCUCUCGUUUGCCACGAAAGAACUCACACCAACGAACGUCCCUAUUCCUGCAUCGUUUGUCGACAGAGGUUCAAGUAUCUCGGUGAUAAAAACAAGCAUGAACGACGACACGAGAGCCUCGGUGGUUCAGGAUUCAAGAGAAUCGUUGCUGGCCGAAAUGUCAAACAAUCGAAACUUCAAACUGAAGAAACCUCAACCUCCGAACAGGAACAAAUUGAUUAUGAAAACCAGGACGAGGAAGAACAACUCAUCGAGGAACAACAGUCCGAAGAGUACAAUGAUGAUAAAUAUACGGAAGAAGAAAUCGUGAAAUUCGAAUCCGAGGACAUUGGUGAAGAGUAUGAACAGAACUACGAACAGGAAUACGAGGAGACGUCGAGAGAAGCUUCGGACGCUGCCGAAGUAAUAAUGAACAUGGAAGACACGACGGUGUACACAGAGGAAGUUACGGCGGACAAUAUCGAGACAGCGGAAAUGAUAACGGACGAAAUGAUAGCGGGUGAUAUGUUGCAACCGGACAUAACCGUGGUUCAUUUACAGCAGCAAGAUGAUUCCGGUAAAAUACAAGUUAUACCGGUAAUGCUAUCGCUUCCCGAUCUCAGUGACUCGAGCGCCGAAGUGAAUUUAGCGACUGCAUCAAUAAUGUACAAUAAUUAAGUUUGUACUAGCAUAAUUCGUGCUGUAAAUGGCUUAUUAAAAAAAAAAAAGAAGAAGAAAAAACAAACAUAAAUAGUGUUUGAGGUGUGAGCAUAUAAUUUGCCUAUUGGAAAAAAUUUUCUAGUUUAAAAAGCAACAGAAUAAAACGAAUAUUUAUCGUGUAACAAUAUUUUUUUCAUCGAUUAAGAGCAAUAUUUGACCACGCUUCAAGCAUUAGAACCCAAAUCGAUAUAAGAAUUUUAGAUUCCCUCCAAUUCAAAUUGGGAUUUGUAAAGUUAUAGAUUUCUUACGGAUCGUAUGAGUCUUUAAAGAGAAAACACUAUCUUUAUGGUUGUAUAUACUGAAGAAAAACAUUAAUUGAUGACUGUAAUCGUUCGUUUAUAUAAUAGUUGCCUUUUCAUUAGAUCGUGUAUCCGUUCAUUUUUUCGUGGAUCUUUCAUCAUCAAGCAUUACUGAUAGACUUGAAGGUUUAAUCAAUUUCAAUAUUAUAUUUUACAAUUUUUUCUUUCCUGUUGCUUAAAAUGAUUUUCGUUAAAUAUUUGGAUUAAAAAAAUACAAAUAAUUUUAUUUUCUCUUUUCACACAAUCGCAGGUACGAAAUUUCUGUACAGUUAGUGAAUGUUAUUGAAUAUUGGUAAAAAAAAAAAAAAAUGUAUAAUGUAUUUAAUAUGUUUUCUUCGUCGUACAAAAUAAAGCCUGCGUGAAUUUACAAGAAAGCAUAUAUGAGAUAUAGCUCGAAAAAUUGCUGUGAAAUAAUAUUCGCCAAAAUUUCGAUCCUCUGCGCUCGAAACUUUGAGGACGAAUACUUUCAACAGUAACUGUAAAAAAGUGUUUUUAUCCAAUCGCCUUUGUUUGGUCUUUCUUUUUUUAAUGUAAUUUAACUUGACUUUACUACGAUAAUAAAAAUAUUUUAAAUAUCAAA